AUGUUACAUUCAGAUCCAAGGCCGGAUAUCAUCUCACACUCACCAAUAGCUGCCACUGUUCGACGCGCCGGUCCUACCCACCAUCUGCCUGACGCUGAGUCGAAAAACAUGAAGGUCAAAGAUCUUGUCGAGACAAUCGAACAGACUCCGCGAGAGAGUCAUGGUGGCUCAAUCGAUGAUGGAUCUAUGGAGCCAACUUUCGACCAUACCCGCCGCAAAUUAAAGCCCCGGCAUAUCCAACUAAUUGGGAUCGGUGGAACCAUUGGCACGGCACUCUAUGUCCAGAUCGGUUCUGGCUUGCGUACAAGUGGUCCAGCAAGCUUGUUCCUUGCAUUUACUAUCUGGAGUUUGGUGAUUUUGAUCAUAACAGUCUGUUUGGCGGAAAUGGUCACUUACCUCCCCAUCUCCUCCCCGUUCAUUCGAUUUGCUGGUCGCUAUGUUGAUGAAGCUCUCGGCGUCGCCGCCGGCUACAACUUUUUCAUCUUCGAGGCCGCUCUAGUACCUUUUGAGAUCGUCGCUGUCAGUUUGAUUGUCAAGUAUUGGACCAGUGCGAUACCAGUAGCCGCAAUGAACGUGAUUAUUCUUGUACUCUAUGCAAUACUCAACAUCUUCGCCGUAAAGUGGUACGGAGAAGCAGAAUUCUGGCUCUCCUUGGGCAAAGUGCUCCUCAGCACUGGCCUGAUCUUCUACACAUUCAUUGUAAUGCUAGGAGGAAACCCCCUCAGCGACCGAUUCGGCUUCAGGUACUGGAAAGAACCCGGUGCAUUUGCAGAAUACUACAAGACCGGAGGUACGGGCAAAUUCCUCGCCUUUUUAUCGGCUCUCAUCACAGCCAGCUUCACUAUCGCGGGUCCUGAUUAUGUGUCCAUGGCUGCUGGAGAGACUGUCAAUCCCCGUGUUGUGUUACCAAAGGCAUUCAAUGGUGUCUUUUACCGCCUCACAGCAUUUUUUGUUCUUGGUAUUUUAUGUGUGGGCAUUCUGGUUCCUUAUAAUGACAAGGAAAUGGCCUCGGCUUUUGACAAUGAUAAGCCAGGUGCUGCGGCCUCGCCAUAUGUUAUCUCUAUGGAUCGACUGCAUAUUCCUCUUCUACCUCAUGUCGUCAAUGCCGUUGUUCUCACAGCUUCUUUCAGUGCUGGGAAUAGCUAUGUCUAUUGUGCCAGUCGAUGCUUGUACGGCCUUGCGCUGGAAAGAAAGGCACCUCGGUUCUUGACCAAGUGCACUCAGCAAGGCGUACCUAUCUACUGUGUGGCUGUUGUACUUCUCAUUGCCCUACUUAGCUUCUUGCAGGUGUCUAAUGGUGCUUCAGUUGUACUCAACUGGUUUGUCAAUCUCGUCACUGCCUCUCAACUCAUCAACUUUUCUGUCGUCACAUUCACCUACAUUCGUUUCAAGAAAGCACUCGAUGUCCAGGGGAUCUCACGGGAUUCUUUACCAUACAAGAGUUGGUUUCAGCCCUACAUCGCCUAUAUCGCCUGCGCCUCUACAACGAUCAUGGCUUUGCUCGGUGGCUACACGGUCUUCUUGCCUGGCAAAUGGUCGGUUCCGACCUUUCUCUUCUCAUAUACCAUGAUUGGUAUUUUUCCCGUUCUUUAUCUAGGGUGGAAGCUUUUCCACGGGACGAAGUUCUUGAAGCCCGAAGAGGUUGAUUUGCUUAGUGAUUUGGCGGAGAUUGACGAGUAUGAGAGAGACUUUGUGUCAUCGCCUCCGAAGAGCGUUCUUCACAGGUAUAUCAAUAAGCUAUUCGACUGA